AGAAACAAAGGAAAACUGCAACUUAAAAACAGCAGUGAUGAACGCAGCUCGGAUUCAUGACAAACAGAAACUGAAGUCGUUCUGGGAGCAGAAGAUCAUUCAGCACGGCGAGCAGAUGGAUGAGGAAGACAGCCGCAUGAGGAGCAGCGCUCUGGCACGGCUUAGGGAGCAGUGGUUGGUCAGGUUGGAUCAUAGGAAUCAACACCAGCAGAGUUUCUUCGAGGAGAGAAUCAGACGAGCUCAGAAAGCUCAGCAGAACCUCAGAAAGCUCGACUCCCCCUGAAACCAGCAGAUCUAACUCCUCCACCAAUCAGCUCGCAGGUGGAGCGGCUGUUCGGUGGCAGCACUGUAGAGUCAAAAAAUGAAGGAAAGAAACUGAAACCAUUAUAUUAUUCAUAAUUAAAUAAUUCCAAUAAAACUCAUUUGUCAUAAAUAGCAAACAUAUGAAAAAAGAUGUGUGAGAGGAAAGAGAGAUUUAUUUGCAGUCAAGCUUAUACAAAAAUGUAGUUGCAUUACAACUUAGACAUUUUAUACUUUACACUUUAAUUAAUAAACACGUGGAUUCAGUUUUAUAGCUUAUAUGUCUUUUUCUAACUUGUAUUUGUACUUCUAAUUAUUCUGCUGUAUUGCACACUAUACUUUUUAGCACAGCCUCAAGAUUUUGCCUCCAGCAUUUCACUGCAUAUAGUGA